AUGGCGUCGCUCGCAGCGGGGUUCCUACGGCUCGUGCCGGUGGUGGGACCGCCAGCGGCGGCGUUGCUCGUCAUUCUAGUAGACAACGUCGGUGCCGUGUGCCUCGCGCUACUCGCGAUUUUCGUAUAUCAAUACAUCAACGCGAGUUUUUUCGACCCCGAGGAUCGAAUCUACGGGGUGCGUGCUGACGUGGACGGCCCGGGAAUCACGUACCGCCACAGCCGCUUCCAGGGCCUCCUCGAGACGCCGUUCGCGGGCGCGAGCACCAUCCCGGGCCUCUUCAACAUGUCCGUUAAGAAGUUCCGCAACCGCCGCCUGCUCGGCACGCGGAGAUUAAUCUCCCGCGAGUUCGAAUUCGACGCGAAGAUAGACAAGCAGGUGGAGAGAGUAACGCUCGGGGAGUACGAGUGGGAAUCGUACGAGCGCGUGCACGAGCGCGUGGUGGCGUUCGGCGCGGGGCUGAUGGGGAGCGGCCAUGGGCGCGGGGAGAAGCUGGCGAUGUUUGCUGAGACGCGCGCGGACUGGUUUAUCGCGAUGCAGGGCGCGUUUCAGCACGGGCUUGUCGUGGUGACGGUGUAUGCGUCUCUGGGGACGGACGCGCUGGUUCACUCGCUUAACGAGACCGAAGUGGCAACAGUGGUGUGUGAUAGGAAGCAGUUUGACAAGCUCGCAGAGGUGCACUCCCGCCUCUCUACAGUGAAGCGCGUUAUAGUCAUGGCAGAGCAGAUGGCUGACAACGAAACCGUCAGUAACGAGGAUCCGCUGCCCAGCACCAUAGGGAGCAUCACAGUGAUUCCCUAUGCUGACGUGGAGGCCAAAGGGGUGGAGAGUCCAGUCGAGUCGAAUCUGCCGCAGUCGUCUGACCUGGCAUUCAUCAUGUACACGUCAGGAUCCACUGGAGUUCCCAAGGGCGUGAUGAUGACUCACGGCAACCUAGUGGCAGUCUUUGCAGCAGUCAUGGCACUCGUGCCCGAUGCCGACGAGAACGACUCGUACAUUGCGUACCUGCCCCUCGCCCACUCCCUCGAACUCACUGCAGAGACGGGCAUGGUAUCGAUAGGAGCAACCAUCGGGUAUGGGUCGCCACUCACGGUGAUCGACGGGGCAGGCAAGCUCAAGCCCGGGGGACAGGGCGACCUGUCUGCUCUACGCCCCACCCUCAUGGCUGCCGUGCCCGCCAUUCUGGAUAAGAUCCGCGAUGGGGUCAGGAGGAAGAUGGCAACGCAGUCCCCCACGGUGCAGCAGCUCUUCGACCUCGCUUACAGCCGUCGAUUGGCGGCGAUCAACGGCAGCUGGGCGGGCGCGUGGGGGCUGGAGAAGCACCUGUGGGACGCGCUUGUCUUUAAGCGAAUCCGGGCGGCGGUGGGCGGCAGGCUUCGAUACAUGCUGUCAGGGGGAGCACCCCUGUCGCCUGACACCCAGCGCUUCAUCAACGUGUGCUUUAACGUUCCCAUUGGCCAGGGCUACGGGCUCACAGAAACAUGCUCUGGAGGAACCUUCGCAGAAUUUUCUGACACUUCAGUGGGGAGAGUCGGGCCGCCCAUCCCCUGCUGCUACAUCCGGCUGGUGGACUGGGCAGAGGGCAACUACCGUGUGACAGACCAGCCGUUGCCUCGGGGGGAGAUCAUGAUCGGAGGGCUGUGUGUUACUCCCGGGUACUGGAAAAACCAGGAGGCCACGGAUGCUGUGUACUCGGUGGAUAGCAAGGGCAUCCGGUGGUUUGCAACGGGCGACGUGGGGGAGGUGCAUCCAGACGGGGUGUUCCAGAUCAUCGACAGGAAGAAGGACAUUGUGAAGCUGCAGGCGGGGGAAUACGUGUCGCUGGGGAAGGUGGAGGCGGUGCUGCAAGUGAGUUCCUUUGUCGAGAACGUGAUGCUCUAUGCCGACCCGUUCAAGACCUUCACCAUAGCUCUCGUGGUGCCAUCCAAGCCGGCCCUGGUUGCAUGGGCCAAGGCCCAGGGCGUGGAUAGCACUGACUAUGCUGUGCUGUGUGCGAAUCCAGAGGCGGUCUCUCAAGUGCUCAAGUCUCUUGCCGAGGUGAGCAAGGAGGAGGUGUGCAUCGUGGCCGCGGCGCGCACGCCCAUGGGAGCCUUCAUGGGCGCCCUCUCCUCCCUUCCUGCCACCCAACUCGGAUCUGUCGCCAUCAAAGAGGCCGUGCGGCGCUCCGGCCUGGAGCCUGCUGACGUGGAGGAGGUGAUCAUGGGCAACGUGCUCAGCGCGAAUCUCGGCCAGGCGCCCGCGCGCCAGGCGUCCAUGGGCGCGGGCCUCCCCGAGAGCGUCGUCGCCACCACCGUCAACAAAGUCUGCGCGUCGGGCAUGAAAGCCAUCGCGCUGGCGGCGCAGUCGAUAAUGCUGGGGAUCAACGAGGUCGUAGUCGCGGGCGGCAUGGAGAGCAUGAGCAACGCGCCCUAUUACCUCUCCAAGGCGCGCGGCGGCUACCGCUUCGGCAACGCGGAGAUCAUGGACGGCAUGCAGCGCGACGGGCUGUGCGACGCGUACGCCGACGACCCCAUGGGAUGCUUCGCGGAAACCUGCGCGGAGGAGUAUAAUAUCUCGCGCGCGGAUCAGGACGACCACGCGGUGCUGACGCACCAGCGCGCCGCGGCGGCGAACGCGGAGGGCGCGUUUGAGUGGGAGAUUGUGCCGGUGGAGGUGAAGGCGGGGAAGGGCAAGCCGGCUUUAAUCGUCGAUCGCGACGAGGCGUGCGCGAAAUUCGACGAGAAGAAGCUGCGAAAUCUGCGGCCGUGUUUUAAGGAGCACGGGACGGUCACGGCGGGGAACGCGUCGGCGAUUAGCGACGGCGCCGCGGCCGUGGUGCUGACGAGCCGCGGCAAGGCGGACAGCCUGGGGCUGAAGGUGCUCGCCGUGAUUCGCGGCUUCGCUGACGCCGAGCAGGCCCCUGAGCGCUUCACCACAGCCCCCGCGCUCGCCAUUCCGCGUGCCUUGAAGCAUGCGUGCAUAGACCCCGCGGAGGUGGACUGCUGGGAGGUCAACGAAGCCUUCUCCGUGGUGGCGCUGGCCAAUCAGAAGCUGCUGAACGUGCCAGCUGAGCGCCUGAACAUGCAUGGCGGCGCUGUGGCGCUGGGGCACCCGCUGGGGUGCAGCGGGGCGCGCAUCAUUGUCUCGCUGCUGGGGGUGCUGCGGCGGAAGGGUGGGCAGAUUGGUGUGGCAGGAGUGUGCAACGGAGGAGGUGGAGCCUCGGCCAUGGUCAUCGAGGCAGAGUAA